UUGCAUUAUUACGUCAAAACAAAAAGUUCUGUGACAUCAAGUUUUAGAAAUGUGUUAAAUGAAAAGCAAGACUAACUUUCAACGAGCAAAAAACAAGUCAAAUGAAACUUUUCUAGAGUAUCUGGAAGAACGUUAAAUAUGCUGCCGCUGGUCAUGCAACAGGCGUCUUAACAGGCAGUAGGCGCAGGGAAUUCCAGUAAAAAGGUCCAGGCAAGGCUGAGUGCAGUGCAUCUCAAACUGCCCAAUUGACAUGCAGCUUUAAUCUGCCGCCGAAUCUUAAGCCCACCAACGUCAAGUUCAAAAUCAGCGCGCUCGGGUUUUCUUGUCGUCUGGCUGUCGCAUUUCAACAUACUCCCAUACAAACUCACCACACAAAUCUCAACGGCCGCGCAGGCGUAGCCAGACAAGCUACGUGCGCAGACACCAGUAAAACGCGAAACACUUCACUGAAGCUGCUGCAGUUGGACGCAAGCAACGCGCUUUGCCCGUCUCCAAUCUUUGUCCCGUCGUCGUACGUUAUUGCGCGUGUUGUGUACGUCUGUAUAUGUACCCGUGUGUGUGCCUAUUUCUGUAUUUAUUCUGUUUCUGUGUCGUCUAUUUCGAAUCGGAACAUAAGCCUAUAAUAAUGCUGUUCGGAAUUUAAGAAAUAUUUGUUCAUGUUUCAUCACAAUUUGUAGGCUUGGAGCAGCGAAGCUUGGCAAUUUAAAUUGCAAGGGGUUUGAUUCAUUCAACGAGAAGCCCUCGUUUUAGACGGAUAAAUAAAAAACCCAAAUCAACAAAAUCAUAUCAAAACAAAUCGAAAUAAACAAAAUGGCCUGCUUAAGUACUUCCGGUCGAGUCGCGUGCGGUUCGCGUCGCCAACAAGCGCUCAAAUUUAUUUGUCGGUUAUUCCUAAACCCCAGCUUGCGUCGGAUGAGCAGCCACCUGGCAGUUGGUCAAGCGCCCGCUGAAGGACAUGCUAGGAAAUACGUACACUCACUCAAUCAGCAAUUGGCUCGUCGCUUUUAUGGAUUAAGCCUCGGCACUAACCAGGAUUACCUCAGCCUGCUGCAAAACUCACACAACUGCUAUAACAACGCACAGUACUCGCCCCGAUCGAUGCAGAGUUUACGCACACAGAGCUCCGUUCACACACAGCAACCAGCUGGACCCGUGAGAGAAAUACAAAUUGAUCCAUAUAUAAUACUCGAUGAUGAGCUGAAGUAUUUCUACGACGAUGUGAGAGACUUGCUACAGUCGGGGACAUCGCAGUCGGAAUUGGACACCAUAGCAUGCUACUACUUUGAUGGCCAGGGUAAGGCGCUGCGUCCUAUGGUGACCAUGCUGAUGGCCAAGGCAUUGAAUUAUCAUCUGAACAACGAAUCACACCAAUUAGUACACAAGCAACGACAGAUAGCCCUCUUCUCCGAGAUGGUCCACUCGGCUAGCUUAGUACACGACGAUGUCAUCGAUCAGUCGGACUUUCGGCGCGGCAAGCCCAGCGUGAAUGCUCUAUGGAAUCACAAAAAGGUCACAAUGGCUGGUGAUUAUAUAUUGUCGAUUGCCUCGAUAAUGAUAUCGCGUCUGCGCAGCGAUGAUGUGACGAUCGUAUUGAGUCAAAUUUUAACAGAUUUGGUUCAAGGCGAAUUCAUGCAGCUCGGCUCGAGGGAAACGGAGAAUGAGCGCUUUGCACACUAUCUGACCAAGACCUACAGGAAGACCGCAUCGUUGAUUGCGAACGCACUGAAAGCGACCGCUGUCAUCGCCCAGGCCGAUGACAAUGUUGCCGAGGUGGCUUUUCAAUAUGGACGCAAUAUUGGUCUAGCCUUUCAGCUGGUAGACGAUAUGCUGGAUUUUGUAUCUUCCACAGAGCAAAUGGGCAAGCCAACAGCAGCUGACUUAAAACUGGGCCUGGCCACAGCGCCGGUCCUCUUUGCAUGCGAAAAGUAUCCCGAGCUCAACCCAAUGGUAAUGCGUCGCUUCAGCGAACCGGGCGACGUAGAGCGGGCCUUUGAUCUGGUACACAAGUCGCAUGGACUAGAGCAAACGCGUUUUCUGGCUAAGAAGCAUUGCAAUGAGGCGAUACGUCUGGCACAGGAGUUGACGGAGUCUCCCUAUCAAAAGGGCCUCCAAGUUGUUGCCGACUUAGUCAUCAAUCGUAUGAAAUAGGAUUGAUAAAAUAUAUACAAAUUAAUAUAUACACAAAUAAAAUUAAGUUAUAAGCAGGCAGGCAACACGUAAUGCUAGUUAAGUCAACAAAUGAGAGAAACAAGCAAAAAUUUGUAGGAAGAAAACUAGAAAAUGGUAAAGACAACAUUUAUUAUUUAGUUUUUAAGCAUUGUUGUUGACACUGUAAAUAAUUGCAUAAAAUGUACACAAAAUUUUGUAAGAAAUUAACUGGCAGAAAUACGAUUCACGUACGUUGUAUAUACAAACAUGAACAAUUCAAAAAUAAUUUUUAUUAUACUUUAUAUGCAAUGCUUUUGAAUAUCUAUACGUAUGUUAAAAACCCACAUACAUGUAAGAAUAUUUGUCAAGCACAGCAAAUAUUACAUAAAUAAUAAGUUGUAAAAACUGAUAAAAGCUAAGCUUUGCAAACAUAAAAAUUUGUAAAUUUGUUUAGUUUAAAGUAAUAUCAGUUUUUACAGUUUGAGAUUUUUGUUAAAUUUAAAUGUCUCCUAUAUUAAGUUAAAUGGACUAUCAAUUUAAUCCUAAACAAAUCAAAAUGGUUUUUAGUCAGAGCAAAAAAAUAUAUAUAUAUAUAACAUAACGAGCAGUGCUUACGACAUUUCAUGCUUAAAUGGUUCAAUCAUCACUUCAUACACUUCGCCACCAAUUCAGCCAGCACAAACUCAUGAUUCAUAUGUUUUUAUCAAUUUUUUGUAAACUUAUCUUAAUGAAAUUACCUGAGUUUUGAACCGCUCGUGCAUGAAAUGCACAACAUUUUUAUAUAAUCACCAAUUAUUACUAGUUAAAACUAUUUUGAUAAUAAAAAGAGAAUAAUUACUCUUUAAACAGCUACCCAGUCUUAGUUUAAAAAUAUAAACAAACAUGGUUUAUUUUUGAUCCAAUAAAAAAGAACAAUUUUUGUAUUACAAAACGAACGAAUUAAAUUCAAUGUUUAAUGGAUGUACAUUUAUUUAAGAACCAUUUGUAAUAAUAAUAAUAAUUAAUAGUGCAGCCCUAAACUGACUUCAGACCCUUGUGCGGUUUUUCGAAGUAGUCUCGUUAAGCCAAAGGCACCUUUAUAAACGUGUAAAAUGGAACAACUUUAAUAUAUCGCUAUAUUUGGAUAGCAAGGUGCUCGGGUAAUUGGUCAUAAUAAAUGACUUUGUUUUGAUAAUGAUAGUUAUAUUACGAAAACAUGAAUAAAAUACAAUAUUGUAAGGCAUACCGACGAUGAUGUUAAUAAAAAAAUAAAAUAAAGAUUUAAAA